AAUUAGAGUGUAGUUUGUUUUUAUGAAAACGUCAGUUAACGUCAUUUGAAAGACGGCUGUGUAUGGUCUAGUUAAUUUUUCAAUAUUAUUAUGUCCUAGAAAAUCAAUUUUCUAAUCAUGAGGUGGAAUGAAAAUAAUCAUUAGUUCAACAUUAUCAAUUAUUGUUUUUCUGUUAAUAAUAAGAGUAAAAAAGUUAGUAAACCGUAACCAACGAUGACGUUAUGAGUCACUGUCAUUGAUGAAAUAUAAGAAAGUGAUUGAUAAUGGAUAAAUACAAAACAAACAAUUAUGACUACAUAUUAAAUCUCAAGCAAUAGUGCCUUAUCAUUAUAUUCUAGGAAAUAAUAUCUCCAAAAGUGAAAUAAAAUGGACGAAAGAAGAGUCGCUGAUUAUUUUGUAGUUGCUGGACUGCCUGAUGAUCCUGAACUCAUUGAUGAGACAACCCUUUCUGAAGGGGGCAAUCUCAAACCUAGUCAUGGGCAGGCUCCUAUCACAGACAUCAGUGUUAUUUUCCCUAGUCUAGGAGAGACCAAACCAGAUGAUUAUGAAGUGAUCACCAAAACCCCCACAGGUUUGAGUGCAGACCUCAAUCAUGGCAGUUUACGCACUAUUGAAUGCUAUUUGUGUGUCAGAAGAGGCAGGGAUAAACCACCUUUAGUAGAUAUAGGUGUUAUGUAUGAAGGCAAGGAAUGGCUCAUGGAGGAUGCUGAGGUAGUGAAAGAAAGCAUUGGAAGAAACAUUGCUAAUGUGAAUAAUUCAACCUCUCAAACUUUCAUAACAUAUAGAAGGGGGCAACCUUCCAUGCCUUGUAAUGCUCUGGUUGUAACAGAUGUUUGUGUUGUGAUUGCUAGCAAAGGAGAAUCACCACCUCAUGCAUUCUGCUGUAUACAUAAAAAUCUCAACAAGGGGAUUGUGGGUAGUGAUGUUUUUUUGUGUUACAAGAAGUCCAUGAAUAGAGCAAAGCUAUUGACAUAUAAACCUGCAGUUCUCUCUAGGUAUCCAUUGGGAGACAUACCAGACUUCCCAUUCCCAAAUUCUGUGCCUUUAUUUUGUCUACCAAUGGGAAGUACCUUAGAACUGUGGCCUAGUGAAGCCAUGCAGUCCAAGCCAGUUUUCAGUACUUUUGUUUUGACAGUUUCUGAUGCAAAACACAAGGUUUAUGGUUCAGCAAUAACUUUUUAUGAAAAAUUUCCUGAGGAAAACCUCAAUGAGCAACAGAUGGAGUUUUCACAUAGUGAUGAUUCAGAUUAUAUCUUGUAUGCCAAUAAGUCAAUUUGCAUACUAAGUCAUUGGCCAUUUUCAGAUGAUUUUGAAACAUGGUUGAGGUGGAUACAUACCAUAGCAACAAGUGGACAACCACAACCUAUACCUGUCGAACGUUACAUAACCCAACUUUUGGACGAAGUUUCAUUCCCCUCGCCGAGAAUACUCCUCCAGAUGUCGCCGCAAGUCACCAAAGACAGGGUCAUUCUGACCCAGCCCGAGGAUCUGCCCCUGCCAAGAAGCGCGGCGAGCUUCAAGCACUUGCUGAUCAAUUUGGGGCCGGAAAAUUGCCUGCAGGUGCUGCUGCUCAUGUUGACCGAGCAGAAGGUGCUGGUUCAUUCAUUGAGGCCCGAUACUUUGACGUCAGUGGCCGAGGCUAUAUCGACUAUGCUGUUUCCGUUCAAGUGGCAGUGUCCGUAUAUACCGCUUUGUCCUCUCGGCCUUGUCGAAGUCUUACACGCCCCACUACCAUUUCUCAUUGGCGUAGAUUCGCGUUUCUUUGACUUGUACGACCCACCGCCAGAUGUCAGCUGCAUCGAUCUGGACACGAACAUAAUAACCGUGGCAGAGACGCAGAGGCAGAAUUUGAACAUCAAGCUGUUGCCCAAGAAGGCUGCGAAGAUGUUAAAGUCCUCAUUGGAUUACCUUUACUACCAACUGAGGAAUAACCCUGUACAUACUCGAGAAACGGAUCCUUCGAAGGACGAUAAUAUAGAACUCGAAUUCAAGAGAAGGAAGAAGGAGCAAGCUCAAGAGUUGGAGAUACAGGAAACCUUCCUCAAAUUCAUGGUACUGACUCUGAAAGGCUACAGAUCGUAUCUUCUGCCGAUAACCAAGGCCCCUACGGUAGGCACCACCGAUCCGCAAGCCUUGUUCCAGCUGACCGACUUUCUCAAAAGUAGGGACAAGGCGAAUCACAGGUUCUUCACUUUGCUGAUGAAAACUCAAAUGUUUAUUAGAUUUAUAGAAGAAAGAAGUUUCGUGGCGGACGGAGACCAAGGCUUGGCGUUUUUCGACGAUUGCAUGGAAAAAGUAGGCAACGAAGAAAGCGCUCACCUCAGACUGAUAGAAUUAGACUUGGUGCAUAAAAGUGACAGGACUGUAUUCGUUUUACCGCCAGAACCAGCUGUUCCUGGGGCUUUUUAUGAAUAUACUCAUUUCAACAUGAAUCCUGAGCUGCUGAUUAUGCACGGUAGGAAAAAGACGGUGCUUUCUUCUUUUCUUCAGACAGUGACUCCCGGCUCACCUAUGACGCGAAGAACGAAGCAAGAGAUAAAGACUGCUCAAAAAUUGGCAAGGAAAUGCUUGCGAUCCCCUGACCUGUGGGCUAGAUGUCUUUGCGGCACCUGCCACACCCUGUACUUCAUGGCGCUGCCGAGCAUGCUCCAUUUGAAUGCCGGCAAAGAGAAGGCGGUGUUGCAGCAGUCGUACGAUCUGCUCGUGCGCGCCACCAAGCAGCGCUUGACGUGCGACGAGGUGUGCUACCGGCUGAUGAUGCAGCUGUGCGGGGAGCACUCGAGGCCGCUGCUAGCUGUCAAGUUGCUGAUUUUGAUGAGGAAUUUCGGGAUACAGCCCAACGCGCUCACUUACGGGUUAUAUAAUCGUUGUGUUUUGGAAGCAGAAUGGCCGGCCAAUUCCGGUACUAGUCUAGUUUUGUGGAAUAAACUAAGGAACGUAGUCAUGGGAGCGGCACAUUUCCGAUGGGCAGCUCGAAAAAAAGCAGCCAGAAAGCUUUCCGUCUCGACUGAAGGAGGUAGUAGUUUGCUCGACCAAACAGACCGAGCCAUCUCCCGAUCCUCUUUGGAUUCGCACGAGGCCAUUCGCGAAGACAACAAUUACCUGCUCCGCAGAGGCACCAGUAUUAUUAAGGGUAGUUUGAACGGCUUGGAGGAGGUGGAUGGAGUGGAUGGGGUGGUAGAGGAUUCCGUUGACCAGAACUGUGAUAGAGAGAAAUCAAAAGUAGAAGCGAACGAUCAAAUUAAUAGUAAAUUCGUGUCUCCAGAUAGCCCGUCCGAGUAUAGGUUGUUAUCGAGAUCAGAGAGUGCUGCCGAUGCCAACUUGAUCGACAAAAUUCAAAUCAAUAACAAGAAGAGUUGUUCCAAAUCAUUGCGAUUCAACGGUGACGGUGAAAUUGUGAUGGAAAAUGGAAACAAUUCCCCUGGAAAGGUCUCCCCCCGCGAAGUCAUCACCGAGAACGACCCCCUAGGAGCCUUCGAGGAUCCUGCCCCAAACACCGUCGUCCUCGUGACGAAAUCCGCCGAUUCCACCCUCACCCGCAACGCCUCGAUGACGGUGGACCCGGUCCUGUUCCGGUCCACCGUGCAGCGGUCGGCCACCUUCGAGGGUAGCCCGCCCUCGCAACACCCUUUGCAUCGGUCGGAGACGGUGCCUGCCGCCUCGGUGGCGGCCAGUCUGGCCAACAUCGGGUCCAGCUUGAAGCUGGGGUUCAGCCGCUAUUCACCGUCACGCCUGUCCCUUCGCAAAGCUGACCUCAAAGUGCCGCAGCAGUUCAUUGAGAAUGCCAUUAACAAUUUCAGUCCGAGUAGUUUAACUAGCAAAAAAUCCAACGAACUAAUACAAGGCGGUCUCAGCUCGAUCAAGUCGGCUGCCACGACAAUGGUGAAGAAGAUGGAGGAGAUCAAGGAGGCCAUAUCGACGUCGGCCAAUUCGACGCCCGUCAAGGCGUCCAGCGACCGAUUGGCCGCCGGAGAUGGCCAAGAUGGCGGCGAUGGCGAGUCGAACGACGGCAGCGAGUCGGGCGAGAGGAAUCGGAAGGUGUCGGCGGAGAUGGGCAGCUACAGGGGCAGUCUGGCCAAUCUGAGGGACUACGAGGAGGCGUUGCCUGAGAGUUUGUUUCCUAUCCCCAAAGAGGAUAAGACAGACCAAGAACUCGACAUAACGCUGACCACCUGUUCGCAAUGCCACAACUGCUCCUGUCUGCUCUACGACGAGGAGAUCAUGGCCAACUGGUCGGCCGAGGACUCUAACCUCAAUAGCCUGUGCCACGCGUGCGGCAAGCCGACGGUGCCGUUUCUGACCGUGGCGAUCACCGGGCCCGAUAUCGAGCCCUGCGAUCCGUUCAGCGUGCCGUAUUUGAACCCGCUGGUGUUGAGGAAGGAGCUGGAGAAUGUACUCACGCUGGAGGGGGACCUGAGUUUGGCUGAACCGAAGUUCAUAGACGAGCACCCGAUCAUCUACUGGAACCUCGUGUGGGCUUUCGAAAGGAUCAACGUGCAAACGCACCUGCCCAACCUCUACUUGAGGAACAAGGCCGAUGUGGCGGGGGCGGAGAACGAGAGAAGGUUGGAGGGGGGUGGCAGUGGCGUGGGGGGCGGGGAAAAUGGCGGCGGAAAGUCGAUGGAGCCGGUGGAGGAGGGCACCGAUCCGCUCACCCAAGAGCUCACCGCGUUGGCACAAAUGGCUGCUCAAGUCAGGCUGAGGUGCCUCUGGGACGAACCUGGGCUCCAUUCUGAAGGCCUGCCCAUGUACUUACAAUGGAAAGUGAGAGAUACCGCUCAAAUGACUUCUGGCGGCAGAAAUCUCAUAACUAAAUCGUUCAUGCAGCAAAUCAUAAACUACAUCCGCGUCAGCGACUUGGCCGAGCCGGUCCGAACGUUGGCCAACGACAGAAAGGAGACGGACGUCGACCACGGGCGCAACUCGAUAUACCGCGACAUCCUGUUCCUGGCGUGCCGGGUUCUAGGCAGAGAGCAAAUAGACAUCAACGCGUUCGACAAGGAGUACGCUGCCGCGUACGCGCGCCUCGUGGACAGACAAAAACUGUUGCCGCAGGACAGGCCGAUCAGUUUGUCCGCCCUGUAUUGCAGGCAGUACUUCCGGCCGCUGACGUUGUCCUGAAUGGUUCGAUGGGCGGGUUUUUACUCUCGGGGUAUACUUGCGGAAGCGUAUUUUCACCGUAUACAGGGUGUUUAAAAAAAACGUACCCCCUUGCUAGGGUAGGUAGAACACUGCAAAAUAAGUUGAGUUUGCUCAGUAAAAAAAUGUCGUAACGACAGGUGUUGAAAAAUUGAUUUAUCCACGACUGUUGUUAAAAUAUUCAUAAUACAUGUACUUCCUCAAGCAAAACGGUAGCCAUUUUUCACACCAUCAAUACCACCACCAACAAUAGCAGUGAAUAACCAGACUUCACUGGUCUAGAGUUCCUAGGGUACGCGAUAUAACAUAUAAGGAACUUUAGACCAGUGAAUAAUGGUUAUUCACAGCAAUUAUUCACUGGUGUGAAAAAUAGCUAUCGUUUUGCAUGAGGAAGUACAACACUCGUAGGCAUCUUCAAUUUUUAGUUUUUUACGAUUAUAUCGAAAUUACUGGCAACAGUGUGAUGAAAUUUUGUAUUGAUGUGUUUUACAAGCUGAUACAUUGCAUGUAAUUGUUUUUAUAUCUUAUACUCAAAGAGGGCGCUAGUUACAUAGUUCGUACAGAGUAGUUUUGAACAUGAAACUUUUCUGAGGUUAAACUUUUCAGAAAUGUACUGUUGAUGAAACUCAAUACUGUGUACCGUUUUCGGAAUAUUUUGACUUGAAGAUAAUGGAGUAAUAGCUGAUACUGAUAUAAAAUGAGUAUUUUUGAGAUCAAUUACCUAUUUAUUCAAAUUCAAAAACAUUCUUGUGCUCAAGUUAAUGUCCUCCGUUUCUAGGAUACACGAUCCUACCUUUUUAAUUUUAAUGCCUUUUUUUUCUCCUCAAACGGUUGAGGAUCAGCUGUUAGGUCAUUCAAGUGAUGUUCAAUUUUGUCUUGCAACUCUUGACGUGAAUUUACCUCUUUAGAUAUACGUUUUCCUUAAGGUAACAGCAAACUGUGUAAUCCAUGUUUUAGUAAAAUUUAUUUCAAUGUUAUUCUUGUGAUUCCUGAAGUCCAGCAUUAGAAAUAUAUCAUUGUUUUCGAUUUCCAAUAAAUAGUUUAUAGGUCCUGUAUGAUUAAUAUCAAUUCAUCAUACAUUUGAAAAAUAAUGGAAAAAAACAAAUUAUUUAUUAAAGAAGUAAUAAUGUUCAAAAUGUCCUACGUUUCGAGGAAUACACGAUUCUAUAUUCUUUUUUCAAAAAUGAAUUAUUCUUCUGAACAGUUGAGGAUCAGCUGUUAGGUCAUUUGUGAUGUUCAAUUAUGACUCACAACUCUUGACGUAAAUUUACCUAUGUAGCAUAGACUUUCUGCUCAAGAUACGACAAAACUGUGUAAUCCAUGUUCUUAGUCAAAUCUGUUUCGAUGUUAUUCUUGUGAUUCAUUGUUAAAUCAAUGAGUUUUGCAUCAGAAAUGUAUUGUUGUUUUCGGUUUUCAAUAAAUAGGUGAUAAUUUUUCAUAAUACUC